AUGCCUCCACCAGAGCUACCAAAACUGGUCGCCGAGCAACAUGUCCCGAUUCCCACUAAUGACAAGGACACGCAACGGCUGAUUGUCGUCCUUUGCAAUGCCACUCUUGAGACAUACAAGGCGUCCCAUGGCACAGGCCGGGGUCCUGGCGCGCGCGAAGACAAAUACAACCUUCUCAACAGCGACGAUCAUAUCGGUGUAAUGCGCAAAAUGGGGCGCGAAAUCAGCGAAGCUAGGCCAGACAUUACACACCAAUGUCUUCUUACACUCCUCGACUCGCCAAUUAACAAGGCGGGAAAGCUCCAGAUCUACAUCCAGACCUCCAAGAACGUACUGAUCAGGGUCAGCCCUACAGUGCGCAUUCCUCGGACAUUUAAGCGCUUUGCUGGUCUUAUGGUGCAGCUACUGCACAGACACCAAAUUCGGUCAACGUCAUCCCAGGAAAAGCUGAUCGAGGUCAUCAAAAAUCCCAUCACGGAUCACCUCCCGCCCAAUUGCCGCAAGGUCACGCUUAGCUUCGAUUCGGAAAUUGUACGUGUCAGCGACUACAUCGGCGGUCUUAACAAGGGCGAGAGCAUUGCAGUAUUCGUCGGAGCCAUGGCCAAGGGCAACGACGACUUCGCGAAUCACAUCAAGGACGACAGCAUCGCUAUUAGCCAGUUCAACCUUAGUGCCAGCGUUACCUGCAGCAAGUUCUGCCAUGCCGCCGAGGACGUAUGGAACAUUUUCUAGUUGAGCGGAUAAGCGGGAGUGCGGCCUAUCCAUGCUGAACACGCCAGAGAGCCCACAAACAACAACUGGCCUACUGUGGACGAGUGGGAUUACAGGCCGGAGCCACCGGAGUAACCGAGAGAUAACGGGAACCUAUAGGUAGCAGGACACGUUCAUGGCUUAGAUCGCAACAUCGACAGCCGUGGGCGCUACUAUUUCUGAUUUUGAGCGUCUGCUUGAGGUUUUUUUACAACAAAACAACUACUCUGGCUCAACGCACAACAAUCAAUCUUCUCAUGAAGAUGGCGGGGCAGCUCAACCUGCCCCGCACCUCCUGUUUUUUCUUUCCAUAUCCAAAGGGGCGCAGUGUACUAGUCUGUAUGCGUCUGUAUGCGCCUGUGUACGGUGUCAUGUCACUGGCCUGGCUACGGUUUGUCAUUGGUUUCGGUCCUUUCAGGCUUUGUCUGUUGGUAGCUAGUUUGGUAGGCAAUCGCGGCUCUCCGUCAACUCAGGAGGUGUCUGCAUCAGGAUCAGCAGUCACGGCAAGCUGAUUCCUGGCGAAUGAAAAAGUACUGCUUCACGUCA